UCAUUGUCGCGGAUUAAAAUGGGCACCUUGCGCGACCUCCAGUACGCGCUCCAGGAGAAGAUUGAGGAGCUGCGCCAAAGGGAUGCCCUCAUCGACGAGCUGGAGCUGGAGCUCGACCAGAAAGACGAGCUUAUACAGAGACUACAGAACGAGCUGGACAAAUACCGCUCAGUCAUCAAACCGGCGACCCAGCAGGUCCACAAGCAGAACGACUUGCAAGAGCAGCAGCGAACGAAGAGGCAGGCAAUUUCGGCCGAACCCACUGCCUUCGACAUCCAGGAUCUUAGCCAUGUCACCCUACCGUUCUACCCCAAAAGCCAGCAGUCCAAGGAACUGAUAAAGGAGGCCAUCUUGGACAAUGACUUCAUGAAGAACCUGGAGCUGUCGCAGAUCCAAGAGAUCGUGGACUGCAUGUAUCCUGUCGAGUACGGGAAGGACAGCUGCAUCAUUAAGGAGGGCGAUGUAGGCUCGCUGGUGUACGUCAUGGAAGAUGGGAGGGUGGAGGUGACGAAGGAGAGCCUGAAGCUCUGCACCAUGGGGCCAGGAAAGGUGUUUGGAGAGCUGGCUAUUCUGUACAACUGCACCAGGACUGCUACUGUCAAGACUCUAACAAAUGUGAAAUUGUGGGCCAUUGACCGACAAUGUUUUCAGACGAUCAUGAUGAGGACGGGUUUAAUCAAGCACACAGAGUAUAUGGAGUUUCUGAAAAGCGUCCCCUCAUUCCACGGCCUACAGGAAGAUAUUCUGAGCAAGCUCGCUGAUGUCCUUGAGGAGACACAUUAUGAAGACGGAGAGUACAUCAUCAGACAGGGGGCCAGAGGAGACACCUUCUUCAUCAUCAGUAAAGGAAAGGUUAAUGUAACCAGAGAAGACUUGCCCAACGGAGAGCCUGUCUACCUCCGCAGCCUCGGAAAAGGAGACUGGUUUGGAGAGAAAGCACUGCAAGGGGAGGACAUCAGGACAGCCAGUGUCAUUGCUGCGGGCGCAGUCACCUGUCUAGUCAUCGAUCGAGAUUCAUUCAAGCACCUGAUUGGGAGUUUGGAGGAUGUAUCCAGCAAAGGCCAUGAGGAUGCUGAUGCCAAAGCCAAGUAUGAAGCAGAGAAUGCGUUUUUCUUCAAUCUAAACCUAGCUGACUUUAACAUCAUCGACACUCUGGGGGUUGGUGGCUUUGGACGCGUUGAGCUGGUUCAGCUCAAGAGUGAUGAGAACAAAACAUUUGCCAUGAAAAUCCUCAAGAAGCGGCACAUCGUCGACACGAGACAGCAAGAGCACAUUCGCUCAGAAAAGCUCAUCAUGCAAGAGGCCCACUCGGACUUCAUUGUUAGACUGUACAGAACCUUCAAGGACAGCAAAUACCUCUACAUGUUGAUGGAAGCAUGUUUAGGCGGAGAACUGUGGACCAUUCUCAGAGAUCGGGGUUCAUUUGAGGACUCGACCACCAGGUUUUACACAGCCUGUGUAGUUGAGGCUUUUGCUUACCUGCAUUCCAAAGGCAUUAUCUACAGAGACCUUAAACCAGAGAACCUUAUAUUGGACCACAGGGGUUAUGCCAAACUGGUGGACUUUGGCUUUGCCAAGAAGAUUGGGUUUGGGAAGAAAACGUGGACCUUCUGUGGGACACCAGAGUAUGUAGCACCAGAGAUCAUUCUGAACAAGGGCCACGACAUCUCAGCUGACUACUGGUCUCUAGGAAUCCUUAUGUUUGAGCUCUUAACUGGCAGUCCUCCAUUCUCUGGCCCUGAUCCUAUGAAAACCUACAACAUCAUCUUGAGAGGAAUCGACAUGAUUGAGUUUCCAAAGAAAAUUACCAAAAAUGCUGCCAACCUAAUCAAAAAGCUAUGCAGGGAUAAUCCUUCUGAAAGACUGGGAAACUUGAAAAACGGUGUCAAAGACAUCCAAAAGCACAAAUGGUUUGAGGGCUUUAACUGGGAAGGUUUGAAGAAGGGGACACUGACACCACCUAUUAUCCCUAAUGUCACAUCAGCAGUUGACACAAGUAAUUUUGACAGCUUCCCAGAGGACAAUGAAGACCCACCUCCUGAUGACAACUCCGGCUGGGACGUUGAUUUUUGAAGUCCUCCUCUUCUCUUGAAACCAGAAGAAACUCUUCUUUUGUUGGCUUUUAAUGGUUUGGAGGUCAUUAAUGGAGGACAUGGCUGUGUUGUAAAAAACAAAACUGCAUUAAAAAUGAAAGAGAAGAUAUGGAAAAGAAGAUUAAUAGUUGGAUGGCAAACCCUCUGGGUCACCGAUAUGCCUUUAUUUCACUGUGGCUCUGGAUCAAGCAUUUAUAAUGGGACUGCUGUAGCACUUCUCCGGUGUUGUUUUACACUUGGGUCUAAAAGGCAAAGAAAGUGCAGGGAUACAAACACACACAUACACACACAAAUACAACAGAGGCUGAUAACGGAGCCAGGUUUUCCCAUGUAUCAUGAAGAGAUGCUUAGUGGAUGGAUGAAUGUUUUAAAGUUUGUCGAAGUUUUGCUUCGACGACUAGAAAAAGGAACUAUAUGUUGACAACCGCUCAAAAGAGGAAGGGGAUGGUUAUUGGUUUUUCUUUUUUUAUAGAUUCAUUUUUCCGCUAUAGUUAGUGAAAUAUUUGGUGGACUCUGGGAGGGGAUAUGAUGAUACUGCAGUUGGUCCCUGGUUAUCAACAUGCAGCUGCUUUCUGCAAUCUGUAAUGCUUUGUAGACAUCUACACACUACAGAUGGCAAGUGCAACUGGUACCAAGUGCUCACGACUAAUCUGAAUGUCACAGAUUUUUCUUCUUAUUGAAAAAACACAAUAUGAAUGGUACGUAGUAUUUGAAUUUACGAGAUCUAUUGUCACACAUGAACGUUACCGGGCUGAAAUCAAAUACUUAGUACAAUUUAUGUGAGAUUAAUCUACCUUGAAAAGCACAAACACAGUGCAUUCAGUGGAAAGAGAUGUGACUCUUAAAGUGCCCUCCUUAAAAUUUUAAUGAAUCACACACCGGCACACGUGAAAUGUCAGCUAGUAUUUCCAUGAAGCAAUGUGUCCUUAUGCACUUAAGACCAUUAACUGAGAAAAUCCACAGUUAUAGCUCAUUUUAAGCUUAAGUCGAGGUCACACUUUUCUGUUCUAUAAUAGGCUUUAAAAAAAAUCAUGCAUACGAAUGCUUCUCUGCCUACAUCCAUCUUCAGUUUGUUUUUCAGUCACUUCUUGAAUCCACCCAAACCGGAUGUCCUCUCCUGUAUAGUACUGACAUAACUGUGAACAUGGUUUUGAUGUCUUUGGUGCUGUUGAUAAAUUAUAAUGAGCGAUGUUGAGAUGA